CGAGGACGUCGUCUCGGUUUCGAAUUCAGUGCGAUGCUGCGAAAGCUAGAACUCUGAGUUCAGUUGCAUUGUAGACGUCGCGACGGCAGCACACGCGUCGCUCCCCCACAGAGAAGCCUCUGCAAAGAACACAGUAGAAUCACGCAGAGAACGCACAUAUAGAGCACACAGAUCGGAAUCGCCCGCAAAACACCAAACAACGCGACACUCGCAGCGCGAAAAAUACAACCAGUGUUUCAAAUGUUUCUGAGAUAAAAACCCAAGGCCUUGCCCCCAUGGCCGCCACACGCGUGUGCUCUGCGAGAAACCACAAGUAGUAGACCCCAGAAGAACCCGCUCAGAGCCCAGGUCCAAAACAAUCCGCAUCCAAAGCAGAGCAAAGUGUUACAACAAGCAUUCCAAAUGUUGUCCUGUCUGGCGCCGUCGUCUUCACGUUUCGGCCAAGAGGAUACCAUCAUUCAGCAGAGCAUGCCCUCCACCACCGCCUUCACCAUGCAGUUCCCCUCGCUGGCCUCCACUUUGCUGCACCACAACCAGUCGCCCAAGCACAGCACUCCGGGAUCCGCUGGGAUCCAGGAUGCCCAUCCCAACCAGCCAGGUGCGGCUGCGGAUGCCUUUCUGGUCAAGUGCACCCAGUGCCACAAGCGAUUCGCAGGGUUCCAGUCCCUCACCGAGCACAUUGCCAGUGAGCAUCCCCACGACAAGCUGAACUGCGGAGCUGCCCAGCCGGAAAGCGAUGCCGAGGAUGAGCAGAGCAACUUGAGCGGCAGCAGUAGGCGGUACACCAAGUCGCCGGUCAACAGCAGCAGCAACAACAACAACAGCAGCGGCAACAACCAGUCGAGCAACAACAACAACAGCGAGCUGGCCAAGAACCACAAUAGCAGCAACAAGAUGUCGCCCCUGUGCUCACCUGGGUCGCUGACCCCCGGCGACCUGUUCGCCCAGCUGCCGCACCCGCCGCCCCAGCUGCCGCCCCACCUGCACGCCCAGUUCAUGGCCGUCGCCUCCCUGGCCAUGCAGUCCGCCCGGUCCGCCAGUUCGCCCAGCCAGCAGCAGCAGCAGCAGCAGCAACUGCAGCAGCAGCAGCACCAGCAGCUGCAGCACCAACAGAUGGCCAUGCAGCAACUGCUGCCGCCGCAACUGCCGCCCGGCAGCAACAGCAGCGUGGGCAGCAACUCCGCCUACGACCUGGAUCUCAGUGCCCCGCGGUCCACCUCGAGUCCGGGCUCCACCACCGGGGACCUGAGUGGCUCCUACCCCUGCAUGCAGUGCACCGCCUCCUUCGCCAGUCGCGAGCAGCUCGAGCAGCACGAGCAACUGCACUCGCCCUGCGGACAGGCGGCGGUCCCCAAUGUCUCUCAGACCUGCCGCAUCUGCCACAAGGCCUUCGCGAAUGUGUACCGCCUGCAGAGGCACAUGAUCAGCCACGACGAGAGCGCGCUCCUGCGGAAGUUCAAGUGCAAGGAGUGCGACAAGGCCUUCAAGUUCAAGCACCAUCUGAAGGAGCACGUGCGGAUCCACUCGGGCGAGAAGCCCUUCGGCUGCGACAACUGCGGCAAGCGGUUCUCGCACUCGGGCAGCUUCUCCUCACACAUGACCUCCAAGAAGUGCAUCAGCAUGGGCCUGAAGCUGAACAACAACCGGGCGCUGCUGAAGAGGCUGGAGAAGAGUCCCGGCUCGGCAUCGUCGGGCUCCCGCCGAUCGCCCUCCGAUCUCGGCAAGGGCAAGCUGCCGGACCAGCCCUCGCUGCCGGGACUGCCCAAUCCCAUGAUCUACUUCGCCAGCGAUGCCCAGGGCCAAGGUGGCAAUGCGCCGCCCGCGCCCUUCCCACCGUUCCACCCCACGAACUACAUGAACGCGGCUCUGCUGGGCUUCCCCCACAACUUUAUGGCGGCAGCAGCCGCCCUGGACCCUCGGGUUCACCCUUACAGCAUCCAGCAGUUCCUGCAGCUCUCGGCUGCUGGUCAGCAGCAGCAACAGGAGGAGGAGCGGGAGGAGCAGCAGCAGCAGCAGCAGCAGCCGGAGGAGGAGGAGACCCCCGAUGAGCCCAAGCUGGUGAUGGACAUCGACGAGCCGGAGGCCAAGGAAACAGUUCCCACGCCAGAGGCCGCGGAGGAAGCCUCCUCCCAGGCCAUCAAGCAGGAGCAGGAGCCCCUGAAUGUCACAGACGAACCCCAAAUCAACUUGGAAGAACCGCCCCAGGCAGAGCAACCCGCUGAUCUGCGCUGCAGUCGCUGCUCCAAGCAGUUCAAUCACCCCACAGAGCUGGUGCAGCACGAGAAGGUCCUCUGUGGUCUGAUCAAGGAGGAGUUGGAGCAACAUUUCCAGCAGCAGCAGCAGCAGGCAAGCACUUUCGCCAUGGCCUCCGCCAGCGAGGAAGACGAGGAGGACGAGGAGAUGGAGGAGGAGCCCAGGCAGGAGAGUGGCGAGCGCAAGGUCCGCGUGCGAACGGCCAUCAACGAGGAGCAGCAGCAGCAGCUGAAGCAGCACUACUCCCUGAACUCGCGACCCAGUCGCGACGAGUUCCGAAUGAUCGCAGCCCGCCUGCAGCUGGAUCCCCGGGUGGUUCAAGUCUGGUUCCAGAACAACCGCUCCAGGGAGCGCAAGAUGCAAAGCUUCCAGAGCAACCAAGGCGCCACGCCAUCGGUGGUCAACGAAUCGCAGACGUCGUUGACCCGCGAGGAUCAACCGCUGGAUUUGUCCGUGAAGAGGGAUCCCCUCACACCCAAAAGCGAGAGCUCGCCCCCCUACAUAGCUCCUCCGUCGGCAGAGGCCCUGAAUCCCGAGGCCAUCAACCUGAGCAGGAAGUUCUCGACAUCGGCAUCGAUGUCGCCAGCCUCGAUUUCACCCUCAUCCGCGGCAGCCUUGUACUUCGGAGCUGCCCCGCCGCCGUCGCCGCCAAACAGCCAACUGGAUGCCACUCCUCGAAGCGGCCAGCCCUUCCCGGGCUUGAACCCCUACAUGCUGCCCAUGCCACUGCCCAUGGAGGCGCUGUUCAAAAUGCGUCCGGGUGGCGAGUACGCCCCGAAUCAUCCCCUGAUGAACAGUAUUAAGCUGCCCGACUACCGCGGCACCAGCCUGAGUCCCGGAGGAUCGGAGAAGCGAUCGUGGCGGGACGACGACUCGCGCAUCUCCCAUGAGGACGAGUUCGGAGGCGGAGUCCUGAUGCCGCCGAAGCCCCGGCGCGGCAAGGCGGAGACCCACGGACACGCGGGCGAUCCCGACCUGCCCUACGUGUGCGACCAGUGCGACAAGGCCUUCGCCAAGCAGAGUUCGCUGGCGCGACACAAAUACGAGCAUUCCGGUCAGCGACCCUACCAGUGCAUGGACUGCCCGAAGGCCUUCAAGCACAAGCACCACCUCACGGAGCACAAGCGGCUGCACAGCGGCGAGAAGCCCUUCCAGUGCUCCAAGUGCCUGAAGCGGUUCUCGCACUCGGGCAGCUACAGCCAGCACAUGAACCACCGGUACUCCUACUGCAAGCCCUACAGGGAAUAGGUAAGCGACACCUCAGUGCCGCCCACCUGCCAACCAGGAGCCAAUGCCCCCGCUCCGCCCACGACGGCGGCGGCGGCCAGCAAUCGAGGCCGUCGCCGUGGAGUUCAGGUUCCGGCGGGGAACCCCCAGUUUCCGCCGCACCACCAGCAUCCCCACUCGCACCCGCACCUGGCGGCCAUGGCCGCCUUCCAGCAGCAGCACCAGCAGCAUCACAGACUCUCCUGGAACGGAGCUGGAGUGAUGCUGCCACCGCCACCCAACCACCAGACGCAUCGUCCGCCGGCUCCACAUCCGCCGCCCCUGCUCUCCGGAUCCGGAUUCGGUCAGCCGCCGACGGCGCAGUUCUUUCACCACCACGCGGGGCUGCUGCCUCCGCCGCCGCCGCCCCCGCCGCAGAGCACGCCCGCGUCUACGCCCGCCUUCGACUUCUUCAAUGCCAAAAUAUUUCCAAACUAAGCUAGGAAGCCAAGCCAGCACUUACAGGCUGUACUUAAACCAACAGACGAACAGGAAAUCUCAAAAUGUGCAGGAACACACACUGAAAGAAAACACCCCCAAGAAGCGCACUCUAGACAGACUCAGAGUCACGAAGCGAAAGAGAUAUUUUUUAUAGCCAUAUAGCCAGGAGAACGAGGAGCCGUAGUUGAAACCUUUCGUUUGAGCGAAUUUAUUAUUUUACAGUGUUGAAACCGCUUUGUUUUAGUAUUUUAUUCAUUUACCUUACCGCCUAAGUUGGAGCCGAGGGCUGAGCACUUUUGCUCGGCCCCGCGACCCGUUUAAAGAUAUCGUUUUAUCUAUUUUUUACGCAUUACCGUCUUAGUUGGUAGUCUUAGGAGCUGGAGAGACCAGUACCAAGUGCUGCAGAAUACUCAAAACACCCAAAUCGUUACGAGCCCACUCCCGAAUGGAAUAAAUGUACAUUUUCUACGAUUACGCACUCUUUUAAGCUGUAGCUUUUAGUUAGUUUCCUCGGUUAAGCCAGGCUGGGUCGCCAUUGCAGACCAGCUCGAAGGGAGUUCUCCCCCCACCACCUCCGGACCAAACAGCAAGCAAAGAAGCGAGGGAAAUACAAGCAGACAAUACCGAAACCAGAUACAAAAGUAUUAAGCAGCGACUGUAUUAAGCCACCCCACUUUAGACCACGCCCACACCCACUCCCGCCCCUUUCGUGUGUAGUUUACGUUAGAUGGAAAACCCACCGCUUGCCGCGCGUUUCGAGCCCCUACUUAAGGAAAGCACCCCGAGUCUUUCUCAAACCACGCUUUGAAUUCCCCUUCGAAAUCAACCGCGAAGUGAGCACAAACCCCUACGAGAUCAUUCCACUUGGCCAGAGCCGCGCCAGAAAGGUGCAACUCGUGCAUUUAGGCCUCCGGCUGCCGCUUGCCACUCGACAACCCCUAAAUCUAAACUAACCUAUGCUAAACUAAACUAAAGCUAACUAAUAUUAAUAUACGAAACACUUAUUUGGCCUUAUUAAAGAUUAUUUAACGAUUACGAACGUUCGAAUAUUCAAAGGAAAACUAGCAUGUAAGCGAAGGAAAUCGUUUGGAAGUCUCGCGAGAAAUCCAUUAGCAAAAUUCCACCUGCGCAUAGGUGUCAAGUCAAAAGAGCUAGGCCACAGCCCUAUUACUAUCGAAAUGUUUGCCAUGACAAUAAAUUAUGACUAAUUAUUGAUAAUGCUUUCGAUUCCCGCGCCAGCCCAACCCAAGAGUCAGUCGAUUUCAUUGUAAUCCUCUCUUGCCCAACCACAGACGUUGAUUAGUUAGAGUCAAACAAGGUUUCCAGAACAACGAACACUUCUUUCACGAGGCCUACCUGUCCAGGGAAUUUUCGCCAUGAUUUUCUUGCUUUCCAGACAAAAACGAGCGUAACCACUCACAAAAAAAUGCAUUUAUACUUAAUUAAUUUUUAUACACUGUACUUUAGCGAGGAGGAGAUGUGUGUAAAUACAUAUAUUUUUUGUAAAUUAUUUCGCAAGAACAAAGCUAGAGAAUCCAAAAGAAACCAAGCAAACGCAACUGUUACACUCGAGUUGAGAUACUUCGGAAUUCAAGUACAGCCAGCACGGUAGCCUAAUUUAACAAUAACUACUAUUACACCGUACACACUUAGCCUAGUUGAAGAACCCUAACAACCACAGAAUGUUAGCCUAAACUAAAGAGAACCUAUUUUUAAGCGCAAGUACUACGUGGCUCGCGACGGAUACUUGCACUCUAGGGCCUUAUAUGAGAUACACACCACACACACCCCGCACACAGCCUAAACAUUGUUAGUUAUUUAGAUGCGACACGCCCAACCGGAGGCGAUCGUUUGUGUUCCGACCUCCAGAACCCAGAUCCGAGCCCCCGAGCCCCCGAGCCCCCUAGCCCACUCCCUGUUAAAGUUGUUCACCCACUCUAUGUGUAGAUACGCGGAGCACUGUAUUAUUUUGUUUCCUGUGACCCCGGAGCGAUCCCUAAGUUAAGAACUCGUUGAAAGGGCAUCAAAUGUUCGUCUACUGCUCGCCAGGGAUCACCAAACACCGCCAAACACCCGAAGCAGGCAACCAACCGUUGGGAGACGAGAUCGAUUCAAGCAACUUGUAUUUCAAAUAUUACGCAUAAUGUAUUUUAAUCAACGUAAGCCACGAUUCAACGAUAAAGCGCGUUCGCAUAAAUGAAUAAACCUUUUUGUCUUGAUACAUUUACAAACAAUUAUUAUAAUUAUUAAAUUUACAAUGUGAAAAUAAUAAAAAGAAAUUAUUAAAAUUUA